UCUUUGUUCACUGUUCAAUUCUUCUCCUUCUUCAUAGUGUGUGUAUAUAUAUAAGUAGGGAUUCAUCUCCCCAAAGCUAUCGCUUUCUUUCUUUCUAUCUACUAACAUGGAAAAUUUUCAGGGUUUUUUCCCUACUUCAUCGUCCUCAUCGACGUCCUUGUCCUUAAACCUCACGAGCUCGCUUGAUUAUAGUGAAUUCGAAUGCGGCAAAGAUAAUGAUGGGAUAUUGGGACUAAUAGCAGAUAUAGGAGUUGGUGGGGCGAAGAACGAAAACAACAGCUUGGUUGGAACGACCACUGAAAGUGAAGUGAAAAGCGGUAAAACGAAGAAGGGAGAGAAUAAAAAGAUAAGAAAACCCAGAUAUGCUUUUCAAACUAGAAGCCAAGUUGAUAUACUUGAUGAUGGUUAUAGAUGGAGAAAAUAUGGGCAUAAAGCUGUUAAGAACAGCAAAUUCCCAAGAAGCUAUUAUCGAUGUACACACCAAGGAUGCAAAGUGAAGAAGCAGGUUCAAAGAUUAACCAAAGAUGAAGGAAUCGUUGAAACAACCUACGAAGGCAUGCAUUCGCAUCCUAUCCAGAAAACUAAUGACAACUUCGAGCAUAUAUUGAACCAAAUGCAAAUCUACACUUCUUUUAAAUCUAUAAUAUAAUAUAUAUACACAUAUAUACCGGCAAUCUUUUCUCAUAAAAUUCUUGUAAAUUAUAUAUACAUGGAACAAAAUUACUAUGUGCAUCGUUGCAUUCAAACCAUUAAUUCAAAAUAAACUGUAUUUUAGAUCA